AUGGCGCAGGGGGAGCCGGGGGCUCGGCUGUGCGGUGUCCACGCCGGGCGGCCUCUGGAGCUGUUCUGCCAGGACUGCGGGUGCUGCGUGUGCGCUCUGUGCCCGGCGCUGGGCGCGCACCGAGGGCACCGCGCCUGCCUCCUGCCGCACGCCGUGCGCCGCACGCAGGAACUCAUGGAAUUGCAGUUGGAGAAUCUAGAAGAGAAAAAAGAGCAAGAAGCUGGUAACAAAAGGAACGUAGAGCAGGCUGUAAAUAAUGUGAAGGCACAUGCUAAUAUGAUCAAACGGCAGCUGUCAGAAAAAAUGACUGAGCUUCAGUUACUUCUUCGGGAAGAAGAGAGUUUGGCAAAAAACUUCAUUGAUGAAAAGACUCAGCAAGCCCUGGGAGCACAUGAUCAGCAUUUGAGGUCCUGCCAAGAACAGCUUGCAGCCCUGGAGACCUUCACACAUCGAAUCAGACAAAUACAACAGGACAGUGAUCCUAUUCAUUUGCUGGAGAAGUACACAGAAAUUGAGAAGGAAAUUAAGGAAUUCAGGCACUUGUUAGAAGAGUGGCAUCCAAUACCUCUCUCAUUUGAACACUUACUGAACCACUAUAAACACUUCAUCAGAAUUCUUCAGUCCGUUCUACAGAAACCAUUGGAAGCUCGGCUUAAAGAAGAUGUUUUCAGUAGCCUUAAUCCCACUGCAAAGAAGGAGCCUGGGACAAUGCUGAAAACCAUGACUCCUGUAGAUCGGUUGCUUUUCUUAAAACAUGCAAGAUCACCAACCUGGGAAUAUGACAGCAUUCACCCGCGACUGAAAUUGUCUGAUGACCGUCUUGAAGUAAGCUGCAGCUGGAGGAAAAUAUUUUACCCCUGUGGUCCCCAGAGAUUUGAUAAAUUAUGGCAAGUGCUAAGCAGAGAUGCAUUCCUUUCCGGGAGCCAUUACUGGGAAGUUGACGUGCUUCAUGCUGGAGCAGGAUGGUGGAUUGGCGCAGCCUACCCUACCAUUGGCAGGAAAGGAGAUUCUGAAGCCUGUCGACUGGGCUGGAAUAGAGCAUCUUGGUGCCUUAAGAAGUUUGAUUUUGAAUACUGGGCGUUUCACAAGGGAGAGAGAAUCCCCAUCCUGAUAGAAGAUGAUCCUGAUUGCAUUGGCAUUUUUCUAGAUUACGAAGCAGGAAUCCUUUCAUUCUACAAUGUUAGCAAUGGCAUGGCUCAUUUGCACACCUUCCGCUGCAAGUUCACAGAACCAGUUUAUCCAGCUCUGAGACUCUGGGAAGGGUCCAUUAGAACAUGCAAACUAACAUAAGAAACAAAGCAAAAUUAAGCCUAUCCUUUUGUGCUUUUUCUAUUAAUGUUACUUCACCAAUUAUCUACAUUAAUUCAUCUUUUUCAUAUCAAAGUUGUAAUUAUGAUGCUUUUAGAAGGUAACACAAGUUCAGGAAAACCAACUGUGAUUUUUAGUUUUUUUUUUUUGUUUUGCUUUUUUUCAAUGAGGGAAGGUGAUCUGGCUUUUAUAAAUGAUGUUGAUGGACCACUCAAAAUGCCGUAUGUACUACUGCUGUACUUUUUUCAACUUGUAAGUUCAAGAAAACCAACUGCAUUUUUUAAUGUAUAUGUAUUUUUCAAUGGGGGAAGAUGAUUUGACUUAUAAAUGUUGUUGCUGUACCACCUGAA